AUGUCUAAGGAAUUCACCUACUCGGACAUUGCCGAGCACAACACCAAGAAGGACAUCUACAUGGUCGUCCACGACAAGGUCUACGACUGCACAAGCUUCGUCGAUGAGCAUCCCGGUGGUGAAGAAGUAAUGCUCGACGUCGGCGGCCAAGACGCCACCGAAGCCUUCGAAGACGUCGGCCACAGCGACGAAGCCCGCGAAAUCCUCGAGGGCCUGUUGGUCGGCACCGUGAAGCGCCAACCCGGCGACCCCACCCCCAAAUCCUCUGCUCAACCCACCUCCUCAAAGACUUCUGGCCCUGAUGCUGCCGGCCUCGGCGCUGGUCUCUAUGCUAUUUUGCUGGUCGGUGGUGCUUUGGCUUAUUUCGCCUACUCGUACCUUCAGGCAAACGGGGAGGUCAAGAACUAA